AUGGCAGCAGCAAGACACAGCACGCUCGACUUCACGCUUGGUGCCAAAGCCGAUGGUGAGGCCAUUCUGAAAGGCCUUCAGUCCAUUUUUCAGGAGCAGGGGAUGAUAGAGUCCAUGCACACCUGGCAGGACCAUGGAUAUUUAGCAACUUACACAAACAAGAAUGGCAGCUUUCGACUACCACCUAUAGUUCGAAGAGGGGCAAUUGACAGAUACUGGCCUACAGCUGAUGGGCGCCUGGUUGAGUAUGACAUAGAUGAAGUGGUGUAUGAUGAAGAUUCACCCUAUCAGAACAUUAAAAUUCUACACUCAAAGCAGUUUGGAAAUAUUCUCAUCCUCAGCGGGGAUGUUAAUUUGGCAGAGAGUGACUUGGCAUAUACCCGGGGCGUCAUGGGUAAAGAAGACGACACUGGCAAAGAGGUACUCAUUCUGGGAGGUGGGGAUGGAGGCACAUUAUGUGAAAUUGUCAAACUGAAACCAAAGAUGGUCACUGUGGUAGAGAUUGACCAAAUGGUAAUUGAUGGUUGUAAGAAAUACAUGUGGAGAACAUGUGGAGAUGUCUUAGACAAUCUUAAAGGAGAUUGCUAUCCGGUUCUUAUAGAAGACUGCAUUCCAGUACUGAAGAGGUACGCCAAAGAAGGGAGAGAGUUUGAUUAUGUGAUUAAUGAUCUGACAGCUGUCCCUAUCUCUACAUCUCCAGAAGAAGAUUCCACAUGGGAGUUUCUCAGACUGAUUCUUGACCUGUCAAUGAAGGUUCUGAAACAGGAUGGAAAAUACUUCACACAGGGGAACUGUGUCAACUUGACUGAAGCCCUGUUGCUCUAUGAAGAACAGCUGGGGCGCCUGUAUUGUCCUGUGGAAUUCUCAAAAGAGAUUGUCUGUGUCCCUUUAUACUUGGAAUUGUGGGUAUUUUACACUGUUUGA